UGGUUGUUGUUGUUAUUGGUUGUUGUUGUUGUCAUGGUUGUGGUGGUUGUGGUUGUGGUUGUUGUGGUGGUUGUGGUUGUGACGGUUGUUGUGGUGGUUGGGGUGGUUGUAGUGGUGGUGGUUGUUGCUGUUGUUGUUGCUGUUGUUGUUGUUGCUGCUGUUGUUGUUGUUGCUGCUGCUGCUUCUGCCGCUGUGGUGGUGGUGGUUGUGGUUGUUGUGGUGGUUGUGGUUGUGACGGUUGUUGUGGUGGUUGUGGUUGGGGUGGUUGUAGUGGUGGUGGUUGUUGCUGUUGUUGUUGCUGUUGUUGUUGUUGCUGCUGUUGUUGUUGUUGUUGUUGCUGCUGCUUCUGCCGCUGCUGCUGCUGCUGUUGUUGUUGUCGUUGCUGCUCCUGCAGCUGCUGUUGUUGUUGCUGUUGGUGGUGCUUCUGCUGUUGGUUGGUGGUUGGUGGUUGGUGGUUGGUGGUGGUUGGUGGUGAUUGGUGGUGAUUGGUUGUUGGUGGUGGAGGUGGAAGAAGGUGUGAAGGUGCUUAGCUAUGGUGGAUGGGUGAAGGAGGUGGAGGUGGAAGAAGGUGUGAAGGUGCUUGGCUAUGAUGGAUGGGUGAAGGAGGUGGAGAUGGAAGAAGGUGCGAAGGUGCUUGGCUAUGGCGGAUGGGUGAAGGGGGUGAAGGUGGAAGAAGGUGUGAAGGUGUUUGGCUAUGGCGGAUGGGUGAAGGAGGUGGAGGUGGAAGAAGGUGUGAAGGUACUUGGCUAUGGUGGAUGGGUGAAGGAGGUGAAGGUGGCAGGUGUGAAGGUGCUUGGCUAUGGUGGAUGGGUGAAGGAAGUCGAGGUGGAAGAAGGUGUGAAAGUGCUUGGCUAUGGUGGAGUUGUGAAGGAGGUGGAGGUGGGAGAAGGUGUGAAGGAAGCAGCUCCCCACUUCAUCGUUCAGCCACAUCCCGUGCAGCUGCGAACAGCAGCACGAAUGAGCCAAUGGUCGCAGCACUGGGAGGAAGCGAAGGAAGCAGCGGCCAUAUCCAGAUGGCAGAUCCUAUCUAGCCUAGACUACAAUGCUGAAGAUGACGACAAUAGCUCUCCCGAAGUACGAGCAGGUAGCGGCCAAUGCCGCACGCUUCCAGCACCAGGGACGAUUACUACCCCUUAUACCGCUGAGCAGCAAGCAAAGAUGGCCGCCUUAGUGAAAGAGAACAGAGAGAGACAAAAGCGUGAAAAGCAGGCGAAGCUAAAGGCUAUCGCAGACGCGCGGGCGACGAAGAUGAAGGAAGUGGAGGAGGAGAUGAAGAAGAAGGAGAAGGCUGCUGAAGAAGAAGCGGCAGCAGAAGAGGAAAAAGAAAGGAUGAGGAAUGAAAGCAGAGAAGGGAGCAGUGGCAUGAAGAAGGACACAGGCGCUGAGAUUGAGAAGAAGAUCAGCGAGUGGGUUGCUAACUUAUCGUUGGGGGAAGAUGAAGAGGCGGAGUCAUAUGUGACUGAGGAUGAGAAGGCCGCAUUGGCCGCUGAGCUAGCAACCAUGACGGAUCCUAUGGAGCGAAGAGAGAGGGAAGACGAGCAAAAGUUGCAGUGGAAGCUGAGAAUGAAGAGGGAGAAGAGGAGGAGGAGAGAAGAAGUGAAUAAGAUGACCGCAGCAGUAGCGAAGGUGCAGGAAUGUAGAGCGGAGGUAUUGGCCCAGCCAGAUGAUAAGGCCAAGUUGCUGAAGAAAGAGGCAAUCUGGCAAUGGGACAAAGACUAUACGUCUGCGCUCAAGAAGUUAAAGCGCGCGUUAAUAGAAUAUCCUGUCCUCAAAGUAGCAGAUCCGUCCUUGCCAUUUGUGGUUACCACGGACGCAAGUCAGUAUGGGAUAGGCGCCGUGUUGCAGCAAGACGACGGCAAUGGCUAUAGACCCGUAGAGUUCAUGUCAGCGAGGAUGCCCUGUGAGAAGGUCGCUACCUCCACGUAUGAGAGAGAACUCUACGCUCUCAGGCAGGCUUUGGACCAUUGGAAGCACUAUCUGCUUGGGAGGCACUUCAAAGUGUAUUCCGACCACGAGACACUUCGUUGGUUAAAGACACAGGCCAAGAUGACACCUAAGUUGACUAGGUGGGCCGCAGAAAUAGACCAAUUCGACUCUGAGCUCAAACCAGUGAAGGGCAAGUACAACGUAGUUGCGGAUGAUCUGAGUAGGAGAUCAGACUACUUUGGAGCCGUAGUUUGCAUGCGGCAGCUGCUUCAGUGCACUGAGCUGGAGCAUUUUAUGCACUUCCUCCGACAUGAACUUCAAAACGAACUGAGGUCUACAUCAGAAGCUGACAUGGAGGAGUUAAUUGAUAAGGCUCUUCGUGUUGGUCUUCCAUUCGAGAAGUUGUUGAAGUUGGAGGCAGUAAUCAUCAGCCGAUGGACAUUUAUCUGGGCUUGCAUUGUUGACGAUUGUCUUCACGAUCUGGGUUCAUUGCAAUUUGGUAUCGGAGCAGUUCUCCUGAUGACGAUGAUUGUACAUGUGUGCAUGCGCCAGGUGGCGCGCAGGGAAUCAUCUCUUGCUCAAGAGGCGCAGUUGAAAACUCUCCGCCUCUUCAUGAAGGACGCAAGUGCUGACACCGCAGGGGACGCCACUGUGGAUAGACUCGCCGGGGAACCGUUGCGAGAGCCCGACGGCUGCAGUGGGAACACUCCUUCCAGUAUGAAGAAUGCAGCAAGCCUCAAUCCGCUGUGAUGCUAAGUGAUCUUUGCCCGAUCACAUGAUCGGACAGAUCACUCCAUCGAUUAUGACACAUGACUGAUUACCUAUCCCUUUAGAGCUUGGUAGCGUUUAGCCGCGAAGGCCCGUCUGGAGAGGAACUCGACGAUGCUGAGUCCCUUGCCAAGGGAACACUCCACUAGGCUAAAUGUCACCCUCUUUCAGAGAUAGCUAAUCAAUUUGUGCCAGAUGA